AUUAUCUACGUUGCCAUAUCAUGAUGACGUCAUCAUCUCCUUCUUCUCGAAACCAAGUUCUCUAGUCUACUCUCUCUCUCACGGAAAAAAGGAAAGAGAGACCCUCCUUUGAUAGAAAUAAGCUGACUGAGUAAUGACAUCAUCUCGCCGUCUUCUUCCUCUCGGUGCAUCGCUCACUAGAGGGAGAUUCUCUUCUUAUAAUCAAAUCCGAAACGGGUUUGGUUUCCGAGGACUCGCUACCAUCAAAUCGACGGACCCGGCGCUAGCCAACCUAGCUGAGAAAUGCGCCGUUGCAAUCCCGGAAUUUUCUUCAUCAGACGACGACGACAUCUCCAAGAUCCGUCACGAGUUCGAGCUGGCGAAACAGAGGUUCAUCAACAUCCCCGAAGCCCUAAGCAGCAUGCCUAAGAUGAAUCCUCAAGGGAUAUAUGUUAACAAGAAUCUCAGAUUGGAUAACAUACAAGUUUACGGAUUCGAUUAUGACUACACCUUGGCGCAUUACUCCUCUGACUUGCAGAGUUUGAUCUACGAUCUCGCCAAGCAGCACAUGGUCAAUGAGUUCAGAUAUCCUGAGGGUUGUAUGAAGUUUAAGUACGAUCCUACUUUCCCCAUCCGAGGACUCUACUAUGACAAACAGAAAGGAUGUCUCAUGAAACUCGACUUCUUUGGUUCGAUCGAGCCAGAUGGGUGUUACUUUGGUCGUCGUAAGCUUAGUAGGAAGGAGCUAGAGAAUAUGUACGGGACAAGACACAUGGGUCGUGAGCAGGCGAGAGUUUUGGUGGGAUUGAUGGACUUCUUCUGUUUCAGCGAGGCAUGUCUUAUUGCAGACAUGGUGCAAUACUUUGUUGACGCCAAGCUUGAGUUUGAUGCAUCUUACAUCUACAAUGAUGUGAAUCGCGCUAUUCAACAUGUCCAUAGAAGUGGUUUGGUCCAUAGAGGAAUUCUUGCUGAUCCUACCAGAUACUUGCUUAAAAACGGUCAGCUACUACGUUUCCUGAGAAGCCUUAAAGAUAAAGGGAAGAAGCUUUUUUUGAUGACCAACUCUCCCUACCAUUUUGUCGAUGGUGGAAUGCGCUAUCUGAUGGAGGAAUCUUUUGGCCUCAGAGACUCAUGGCGGGACCUUUUCGAUGUUGUGAUUGCUAAAGCAAAUAAACCAGACUUUUACACAUCUGAGCACCCUUUCCGUUGCUAUGAUGCGGAGAGGGAUACUUUGGCGUUUACAAAAGUGGAUUCAUUUCACCCAGAUAAAAUAUACUACCAUGGUUGCCUUAAAUCGUUCCUUCAAAUCACGAAGUGGCGUGGCCCCGAGGUUAUUUAUUUUGGAGAUCACUUAUUUAGUGACUUGAGAGGUCCUUCAAAGGCUGGUUGGCGAACUGUUGCCAUAAUUCACGAGCUUGAGCGCGAGAUACAGAUACAAAAUGAAGAUGGCUACCGGUUUGAGCAGGCAAAAUUCAAUAUUAUCCAAGAACUGCUCGGUAAAUUUCAUGCGAGUGUAUCAAACAAUGAGAGAAGUGAGGCAUGCCAAUCUCUCUUGGAUGAGCUGAACAUGGCGAGACAGAAAGCACGAGAGGCGAUGAAACAAAUGUUCAACAGAUCGUUCGGAGCUACAUUUGUGACAGACACUGGUCAAGAAUCAGCAUUCUCUUAUCACAUCCACCAAUACGCAGACGUUUACACCAGCAAGCCUGAGAACUUUAUGUUCUACAGGCCCGAAGCUUGGCUUCACGUGCCUUACGAUAUCAAGAUCAUGCCACAUCAUGUCAAGGUGGCUUCAAGCCUUUUCAACACCUGAGAAUAAGUUUCAGCCUUGUAUGAAGAGUUGCAAAUCGAUGAAGAAUCGAUUAAGAAAGAAACUUUUAGGUUUUCCAAGUGGCAGAGGACAGCAAAAAGGGUUUACUAAUUAGAUCUCGGAUUCCUGUUCCUGCCUUUGCUAAUGAUUCUUGUGUCAAAUUAUUAGAUCAUUCGUUUGCAUAACAUUAAGGUGGCAAACACUUGAAAAUAAAGGAAGCUAUGAUAACGGAAUC